GGGCAGCAGGCGGCUUGCUCUUGUCACCAACGUCAGACCUCAACACGGCAUUGCAUGAGUGCAUGGCAGCUCUGGAUUUAUUUCUUAGCAACAAGUUCUCAGAUGCUUUGGCUUCUUUACAAGCAAAAACUAAAGACAGUAUGUAUCAUGCACUGACUUAUGCCACCAUACUGGAAAUGCAAGCUAUGAUGACAUUUGAUCCUCAGGACAUAAUGAAUGCAGGAAACACAAUGAAAGAAGCUCAAGCCACCUGUCAAAAAUUUAGGAAGAAAUCUACAGUAGCUGAUUCCAUCAACAACCUUGUGCAUAGACAAAGCCUUGAACACUUCACUGAAGAGGAAAUCCAUGCAGAAAUUUGCUAUGCUGAAUGUUUACUUCAGAGAGCAGCACUCACUUUCCAACAGGAUGAGAAUAUGGUUAGCUUCAUAAAAGGAGGCAUCAAAGUCAGGAACAGUUACCAAACAUACAGAGAGCUGGACAGUCUCAUACAAUCUCCACAUUAUGUCAAAGGAGAGAACCAUCUCCAUUUUGAGGGAGGUGUAAAGCUCGGGGUUGGAGCAUUUAAUUUGACAUUGUCCAUGUUUCCUGCACGGAUUCUGAGAUUGCUGGAGUUUGUUGGGUUUUCUGGAAACAAGGAGCAUGGUCUGCUGCAGCUUCAAGAAGGAGCGUCAUCAUACAGCUUUAGGUCGGUGCUGUGUACCAUGCUGUUGCUUUGCUAUCAUACUUUCAUGACCUUUGUGUUAGGGACAGGAAAAGGAAAUGUUGAGGAGGCAGAAAGGCUACUUAAACCUUACUUGGCUCGCUAUCCAAAGGGAGCCAUAUUCCUGUUUUUUGCAGGCAGGAUAGAAACACUGAAGGGUAAUAUUGAUGCGGCAGUUAGUAGGUAUGAAGAAUGCUGCGAGGCUCAGCAGUACUGGAAGCAGUUUCAUCACAUGUGUUACUGGGAGCUCAUGUGGUGCUUCACCUACAAGCGCCAGUGGAAGAUGGCAUUCUUUUAUGCAGAUCUGCUAAGCAAAGAAAACACUUGGUCAAAGGCUACCUAUAUUUACAUGAAAGCUGCUUAUCUCAGUAUGUUUGGACCUGAUGACUGCAGUCCUUUUGGAGACAACGAAGUUGAAUUAUUUAGGAUUGUUCCCAGCUUGAAACUGAAAAUUGCAGGGAAAUCACUGCCUACAGAAAAGUUUGCCAUUCGGAAAGCUCGACGAUAUCUUUCUUCAAACCCUGUUCCUUUACCUGUUCCGCCUUUGGAAAUGAUGUAUAUCUGGAAUGGCUAUGCUGUAAUUGGACAAUGUCCCAACCUAACAGAAGGCAUGUUAGAGACUUUAAUUGAAGCAGAAGAAGCAUUGGCAAGAAGUCCAGCUACAGAAUUGCUAGCAGAUGACCAGUGCGUGAUAAAACUGUUAAAGGGUUUAUGCCUCAAGCAUUUGGGCAAGAUUGCAGAGGCAGAAGGCCAUUUUAAUUACAUCUACUUAAAUGAGAAGAAGAUAAAAUAUGACCAUUAUCUAAUUCCAAAUGCAUUGUUGGAGCUUGCGUUACUGUAUCUGGACCAGGAUAGAAGAGAAGAAGCAAUAAAACUACUGGAAAGAGCAAAACAUAACUACAAGAAUUACUCCAUGGAAACGAGAACACAUUUCAGAAUUCAAGCUGCCCUGCAUCAAGCCAAAUCCUCCUCAGAAAAUGGAAUGCACUCUGGAGCCUCGGCAGUGUCGUAACUUUUUCUUCUUUGAUGUGCUGUUUGUUGCAAACUUUGGUGCAGACAAUUACUGACACUUCAGAAUUAUUUUUCCUUCUCUUUCAAGUCACUGAGAAACCAAAUCAUUUAAAAUUUUAAAGGUGAUGCAUAAAACAUUAAUCUAAUGUGAUAAUAUGGCAAAAAAAAAAAAACAACCUCAAACCAACUAUAACCCAUAAAAAUAUUGUUUUUUCAACAGUGGCUUUUUGAAUACUUACAUCUGUGUAGUUCUCUUUUCAAUCAUGUGCCUUUUCUUUCUUGUAUUCACAACAUCUGCUAAGCGAGAUAGAACAUAAAGUGGAACAACUGGAAAAAAAAGCAACACUAAACUUCUCAUGGUUCAUGGAUUUAAUCAAAGUGAGCUUUAAACGUUCAUUUGAAUUCAUACUGCUAGCAGUUGAGAAGGAAGCUUCUCUUUUUCCAAGUCUCUACUUGAAAUGAUGUGAGAAAAUCUCAGUGCACAAGAAACACAGCAGGGAGGAGCUCUCAAUCCUGGGCAUUUUCAAUUGUGCAUAGAAUGUCUCUUUACUAGCUUUUAGUAGUUGCUUUUUUGCUGCUGUAAGAAACUUGCUGGUGAAGAAAAUGUUCUCCCUUAUGCAAGUAUCUUGACAUUUUCUUUAAUCUUGUCUUCAUGUCAAGUCUGCUGCUUGUAGUGCCUGAAUGAUUUACCAAGGAUUUUAGAGAGGGGAAGAAAAAAAAAAAGAAUAAGAUGGAAGUAUAAAACUGCAUCUCUUCUUUGACAAGUUUAAAAAUGGGAAGACUUUAGGAAACAGCUCUGCCGUCAGAACAAACAUGAUUUGAACUUUAUAUCGUAUUCAAAGCACAAGUCCUUGAAGGUCACUUAAGAAACAGCAAUAUUCCACUGGCUGCACAGCCAUACAGUUACUGUGACAGUCAAUUUCUUCUUAAAAUGAUUGUUCUUAGAGAUGUCCUACUUGAGAUGUCCACGUUUAAAGAGACCAUAUGGCAGUGUUUCCUGUGUUAAGAAACUUGGGCUGGAGCAGAAGCAGGCUCUCUUGGCAGGGUGCUCUGCCAUUUACAAAGGAGAUCUUUUUCUUUUUGCUCUUUAUUAUCUUUUUGGAGAACCUGUGAGGAAGUAGGGCAUUGAGAAUAGAGCAACGGGCUAGCUCUCUUUUCCAGUGCUGUCUGCCAUACAAUUGCUGCUUUUCUGCAAAACUGGUGAAGUCACACGUAAAGCAAAUUUGCACUGUACUUACUGUUCUCCAGGCUAGCUCUUUGUGUACACCUGUGUUUUUUGAGGGCACAGUUCUACCUCCCUUUUGAAGGAGAUUCUUCCCCGUGAGCUGUUCUGGUAUGUGGCAAUGGGAGGUCUUCUGACAGCCCUUUUUCUCCAGUGGAGAUGCUUGUCAGGAAGAUUCAUAUAUAAGUACCUCACAGUGAAUAUGCCUUCUAAAGUGAUUGUUCCCAGCAGAAGAGAAAAUUGACAGUUUGUAGCUCUGCUUUUACCUCUUCUAAAGAAAUGACAUUGUUUUAUAAUGCAAAUUAAUAUGCACGGAGACAGAACCACCUGUUCCUCAACAGUGAAAACUUGCAUUGUAUUAAAAAUAGACACCCUUUAUAAAAGUCUUCCCAAGUUAAAAUUAUAGGUGAAGAAUGCGUUUUUUUUAAAGUGACUUUCUCAGAUAAAUUCUCAAUUCAGAUACGAUUCAGUACGAACAGUUAUGCUAUUUACGUUUGCACAUCAAAAUUUACGUGUAAAAACUCAGUCAUUCUUUGUAUAGAAUAAAAAAGAUUCUUGUUCUAUUUCAUGCAUA